AUGACCCUCAAAAACCCUCAGCACCCGGGCAAGCACCGGAGGGAAAAAGACCACUCAACAAAGAGAAAAUCACCAGAGAAGCUUAGGGAAUGCAAAAUCCAAUAUGAAAAGAAAAGCUACAAAAAGUUUCAACCUCAGUGGCGAGACCGCUGGAAUUGGCUUUGCUACGAGGAGACAAAAAACAAGGUUUACGCUGAGGUGAACAGAUCAAUGCCCACAGAUGCAGACAAGAUGGGCAAUGUCUCAGCCAAAGCCAAACGCUCCAAGAGGGCCUCGUCGGAUUGCCUGAGAGUGCACGUGGAUGAGCUGGAGCGGGAGUUGCGCAACAAGGACAGGGAACUGGCUGCUAAAGAACAGCUGCUCAAAAGUCUCGAGGAGAAGCUGGCCACUCAGGAACAGACACUGGCGCUCCUAGGACAAGGGAUGCGAGAAAAGCAACAGAACGGGGAUCAAACGACUGGCGGCGUCAAGGAAACCCUGGAUAAGAGGAAGGGUGCAAAAGCCGGAGUUUCUGCAGAACCGACGUCCAGAACGUAUGACGGGAGCCUCCUACCAAAGUUCAACUUUGACAAGGCCCGAGUACCCAAAGAUUCCAGUGUGACGAAGCAGCUGGUGGAGGCUUUGAACAAGAACCAGUACCUGAAGUGCCUGGAGCUGCAGCAGCUCAGAGACAUGGUUGAGUGCAUGUACCAACGUAGUUACAAGGAGGGGGAGUACGUCAUACAGCAAGGAGAACCUGGAAACCACCUCUUUGUCCUGGCGGACGGCAAGCUAACAGUGUUUCAAGAGGACAUGCUGCUUUCGUCGAUGGCACCGUGGACGGUGUUUGGCGAGCUGGCUGUCCUCUACAACUGCACACGCACUGCUUCCGUGCGAGCUGUGAGCCCUGUACAUACCUGGGCUUUGGACCGAGAGGCUUUCCAGAACAUCAUGAGGCGAACGGCGGAGACGAGCCAUGACCGCUACCGGAACUUUCUGCGCAGUGUGUCACUUCUGGCUAAUCUGCCUGACGACAAGCUCAGUAAGAUCGUGGACUGUCUGGAGGUGGAAUACUACAAGAAGGGCGACUAUGUGAUCCGUGAGGGUGAGGAGGGCAGCACCUUCUAUAUCAUCGCUCGAGGAAAGGUGAAGGUGACGCAGAGCACAGAGGGGCGCGCGAGCCCUCGGCUCAUCAAUACGCUUCGCACGGGCGAUUACUUCGGAGAGAAGGCCCUCAUAAGCGACGAUGUCCGCUCCGCGAACAUCGUUGCGGACAGCGAUGAUGGAGUGGAAUGCCUGCUCAUCGACAGACAGACCUUCAAUCGGACAGUGGGAACGUUCGCUGAGCUCCACGACUUCCUCCGAGGUUACGUUGCAACACUCGAUCGGGACGAUGCCGAGCGCCGUGCCAAGAAGUCGACGUCUCGCCGCCGUAGCGAAACACCCCCACCCGACGUACUCCGCCUCAAGAACGCAGCUGCCACCUUGUCCCCGUCCAACCCGCUGGAGCGCUUGGAUGUCGUCGCCACGCUGGGCGUCGGUGGAUUCGGCCGAGUUGAACUGGUGAAAGUGAAGGGUGAGGAUGUGACAUUUGCGUUGAAAGUGAUGAAGAAGCAGCAUGUGGUAGCCUACCGGCAGGAGGAGCACGUCCACUCAGAGCGCUGCAUCCUUGCUGAGGCUCGCUCGCCGUUUGUCGUACGACUGUUCCAAACAUUCCGAGAUGACAAAUAUGUCUACAUGCUGCUGGAGGCAUGUCUCGGAGGAGAAGUCUGGAGUCUUCUGCGAGACCGGGGGAGAUUUGACGAGGCCACCGCCAAGUUCUGCGUGUCCUGCGUCACCGAGGCUUUGGAGUACCUGCACCGCGAAGGAAUCUUAUACCGAGACCUCAAGCCGGAGAACCUCAUGAUGGACUCCGAAGGAUACAUCAAACUGGUGGACUUUGGUUUUGCAAAGAAGUUGCGCGGAGGCCAGAAGACGUGGACUUUCUGCGGAACCCCUGAGUACGUGGCACCGGAGAUCAUCCUCAACAAGGGUCAUAAUUUCAGUGUGGAUUUCUGGUCUUUGGGUAUACUGUUGUUCGAGCUUCUGACUGGCAGUCCUCCUUUCGCAGGAAGCGACCAGAUGGCCACGUACACAAGUGUCUUGAAAGGUUUGGACAAGAUGGAGUUCCCCAGGAGCAUCAGCAAGAGGCCCGAAGACCUCAUACGCAAGUUGUGCAGGGAGAAUCCGUCUGAGCGACUCGGAAACUUGAAAGGCGGAAUCGGCGACAUCAAGAAGCACAGGUGGUUCAGUGGCUUCAACUGGGCGGGGCUAAAGGCUCGCACGCUGGCAUCUCCCAUCAAGAGACAUGUGUCGGGUCCUCUGGACCACAGUCAUUUUGACGUUUAUCCUCCCGAUGACAAGAUUCCUCCAGAUGAGCACUCAGGAUGGGACGCUGAUUUCUGA